UUACGGUGCUUUUCCCAACUCCAGUUGGCCCCAUUACGCUAGGUAAUUCAAUAAGAUGCAUCACCGUCUUGGACCAUGAAUAAACCUACGGUAUAAUGAUAUCAUCGGAUUUUGCAAUACUAGUGUCUAGUGUCACAUCGCCAGCUUUCCUGAUCUUCUUUUCUUUCCAUUUUCGUGUUUGUUUUUUGGGAGACAUUGGAGGGGAAAUCUGUAGAGUAGCGCCUGCUGGGAUAGAGAGAUAUAUUCUCAAGAAUUGUAGGACACGAGGCUCCCGUGCUCCAUCCUGCAUGCGGCUUGACGCUGCAUCAUGGUUUGGCUUAGGUGAAUUGUUAGUCAGGCCUCAGGUUUGCACCGGUUUGUGAGCGGUUAGGUGAUUGUGGAGAUAAUGAAGUGCAAGUCGUCUACGUGCUUCCAGAAGCCUGCUUACUGUGCUUAUUCGGGAAUAUUAAUGGGUACUCUGGUGGCGG